UUUUUUUUUUGUUUCACGGUUUCUUUAAAACAUGGACAAAGACGUACCUUACCCACCCAAACUACCCGCUGAGGAAUUAGAAGUAUUAGUCAACACAGCCAUAGACUAUGCUCUUUCUCAUGGUUUGAUUGUACGACCCGCUCCUGAUAAAACGUCCAUGAGAAAGAAGAAUGCGUCAGUUGUUCAUGCUCCCUUUGCACUUUAUCCGACCCGCUUUCCUCGCCAUGAAUACGAGAAAGCUAUCAAAUUGCAAAAGCCAUGGAAUACACUCGUCCAUCGUAUGAGUCAAGAUCAUGAUCUUAUUACUGAAACCAUGCAAACUUUAUCUACUUUAGAUCCAUUUGUGAACGGCUUGUAUCAAAUUUAUUUAAAAGUGAGAGAAGAGGGUAUUGCUCAGACAGCAAGUUUAGGCAUUCAUCGCAACGACUAUUUAUUACAUGCUAACCCUGGUGCAGAUGCUAAGACAGCUGUUAUUAAACAAGUAGAAUUCAAUACAGUAUCUGCCAGUUUCUGUAGUUUGAGUCAGAAGGUUACCGAUUUACACAGAUCACUAGCCACAUCUAUCAAAAAUUACGGAGGAACGAAACCCAUGGACUUGGAACGAUUGCCUGAGAACAAGUCCAUAAAAACAUAUGUCGAAGGUUUAGCCGCUGCUUGGAAACAUUAUGGAAAGAAUGAUGCUGUUGUUGUUAUGAUUACUCAACCAAAUGAACGUAACGUUUUUGAUCAACGUUGGAUUGAGUAUCAAUUGUUUGAAAGUUAUGGUAUACCAUUGAUACGAUACUCAUUCGAGGACAUAGCAAAUAAAGCCACCUUGGAUCCUAAUAGUAAAGCAUUACUGAUUGAUGGAAAGGAAGUGGCAGUAACAUAUUUCCGUGCUGGUUACGGACCCGAAGAUUAUCCUGAUCAAAAGGCUUGGGAUGCUCGAUUGCUCAUUGAACGCUCCUUGUCCAUCAAAUGCCCUACUGUUGCUUAUCAACUAAUUGGAUCAAAGAAGGUGCAGCAAGUUUUAUCUGAAGCAAAUCGUUUAGAGCGCUAUAUCAGCGAGGAUGACUCUGAUUUAGCAGAUGAGAUUCGCUCAACUUUUGCAGGACUAUAUCCCUUAGAUCAAACUCCUGAAGGUCUCCGAGCAUAUGAAUUGGCCUUGGCAGACCCUGAAGGUUAUGUGAUGAAACCGCAACGAGAAGGAGGUGGGCAUAAUGUCUAUGGUCAAGAUAUUUUAGAUACCCUCCAGAAAUUGACUGCUGAAGAAAGAAGCGCCUAUAUUCUAAUGGAUAUUAUCCGAUCUCCACCAUUGAAUAAUAUUAUGAUCAGGGAGGGCGAGACAAUCCAUGGUGAUGUUGUGAGUGAAUUAGGUGUCUAUGGGGCUUAUCUUGCAGAUGGGGAUGAAGAAAUUCUAAAUCAUACUGGUGGACACCUUUUACGUACAAAAGCAACGACUACGCGUGAAGGAGGUGUUGCAGCUGGUUUCGCUGUCAUUGAUAGUCCUAUUUUGGAAUAGAAUUUUUACUAUAAGUUUCAUGCUCUCUGUUUUAGUACAUGUGUAUAGUUUUCAUUAAAGGAGAAUAUGUGCCUAUGUCUUCAAUUUGUGUUACGGUCAAUUUGUGGAUUUGUUUAUGACAGAGGUGGCAGCUUUCAGUCACGCGUUUUGGUAUACAAUACAAACAAAUAUUUUCUUUUCAU